GACAAAGGGCUUUCUGAUUCACCCACCGCGGUGGUUUGCUAGCGAACCUAAAACAUUGAUGUGUAUAUUACUCUUGGUGUUUAGAACAUAAUUCUGUUUACGUGUUUACGUUUCUACUAGUUCAUUUAAACGUGAUUUGAUACGGCACGAGGCUAAUCGCUCGGAGCAUGAGCUCACUAAGCUCGACUGAGAAUGAAGCUCUGGUGAAAGGAGAGGAAGAAGCUUUCAGGAUGAAAAGAGAGGAAGAGGAGGCUAUCACAUUGAAAGAAGAAGAGGAUGAUAUUACAGUUAAAGAGGAAGAUGGGAAAGAGGUUGUCAAAGUGGAAGGGGAGGAGGUAGAAGCUUUCAGAAUCAAAAAGGAGGAAGAUGCCAUAACAUUGAAAGAAGAGAAUGUAGUGAAAGAAGAGGAAGAACCUUUUGGAUUAAAAGAGGAAGAGGAGGAUAUCUCAAUAAAAAAGGAGGAGACUGAAGUUCCGAUUUCCACCAGAGAGAGACAUGACUAUCCUGGAUCCUCUGGGGAGCCUCAACAACAUCCUGAUGCUGACGAGGCAGAGAAGAGUCUCUCCAGAUCAGAACACCAGAUGGACAAAGCUAGCCCUUCCUCCCUCCCAGAGUCCCCGUGUCAUGCCUCUCCCGGUAGCCCCUUACUGCUGGGUAUGAAGAGGUUGUCUGUGCUGCUGGUGGACUGCAGGAAAACAACGGGGCUGAGUGGAACUGUGAGAGGAGGAGAAGAGAAGGAAGGAUCAGAUUUGACACAUCAAAGAGGAAAACCAAACUCUGCGGAACCAGGGACUUCCAAACCAGCAAGACAACACCUCUGCUCCCAGAUUGGAAAGAGUCUUACCAAGUUAGGAAGCCUGAAAAGACAUGAGAGGACACAACCAGGAGAGAAGCCACACAAUUGCGCACAGUGUGGAAAGAGUUUUAACCAGUUAGGAAAGCUGAAAGUUCAUGAGCGAAUACACACAGGGGAGAAGCUUUUCAAUUGCGCAGAGUGUGGAAAGAGUUUUAACAAGUUAGGAAACAUGAAAUCUCAUGAGCGAAUACACACAGGGGAGAAGCCUUACCACUGCUCCCAGUGUGGAACUAGGUUUACCAAGUUAGGAAGCCUGAACAGACAUCAGAGGACACACACAGGGUCGAAGCCACACCAUUGCUCCCAGUGUGGAAAGAGUUUUAACCAGUUAGGAAACAUGAGAUCUCAUGAGCGAAUACACACAGGGGAGAAGCCUUUCCAUUGCUCCCAGUGUGGAAAGAGUUUUAGCCAGUUAGGAAGCCUGAAAGCCCAUGAGCGAAUACACACGGGGGAGAAACCUUACCACUGUUCCCAGUGUGGAAAGCGUUUUAACCGGUUAGGAAAGCUGAAAGAACACAUGAGACUGCACUCAGGGGAGAAGCCUUACAAAUGCUCAGACUGUGGGAAGACAUAUUACUCAUCACAGUCACUUAAAAGUCAUAUGAAAAUCCACACAUGUAUAAUAAUUACUUCUAGUGUGUAAAUUGAUAUUUCACAUCUCAUUGACUUAAAAUUCAUCAGAGACAUAGGGGGACAUACACAGUGCUCCCAUUAUCUUAUAUUGUUGACUGACCAUGUGUUUACCUGUUGAAACCAUAUGAAAUUGAAUUGUACAAAGUAUACUCAAACAUAUAUUUGUUUGUUUCUAUUAGAAAACAUGAAGUGUAUAUGGAGUUAUGUCAGCUUGAAUAUAGAGUAGAUCAGAUUCCAACUGUUUAAAUGGUCCUUUUUUAAACUCUGUGUUUAUCUGACUGUGUGUGUUUAUCUGACUGUGUGUGUUUAUCUGACUGUGUGUGUUUAUCUGACUG